AUGUCUAACAACACGAACAUGGCCUCUGUCACUCAGUCGUCCUCGAAGAAUCCCCCGAUCCUCACUGCUGGCAAAAUCACGCCUGCUGUUGCUCAUGCUUGGGAGAACGCCUGUCUCCAAUACUUCAAGCACAAUGACAUGGCGAAUGAAAAGAAGGUCAGCAAGGUGACGGGCGGGUUCCAAGACCCCAUCGUCUCCGACUGGUACUACAAUGACGCAGACACGUUUGAUGCCAUGUCCUUCAAGGAUUUCCUCAUCCUGUUCCGCGCCCGCUUCCUCCCGAAAGGCUGGGACUCUGCUGUACUCACACAGCUCCUCAGAUCGCGCCAAUGGGAAGACGAAUCCUUCGAGGACUGGGUUCUCUCCAUAGAGAAACUCAACACCGUCCUUCGUGGCACCCUCUCUCAUCUCGACGACACUCGCCUCCGUGUCCAAAUCGCCACUUCCAUCUGCGAAGACCUCCGAUUCGCAUGUGAAGAUGAAGACACGAUUGCCUCCUUCAAAGAUUGGAAGGACAAGGUUUUGCAGGUUGACACUGUAUGUAUGCACGAACGCGCCCAUAUCUUGCGUAUCACCGGUGCCAUCAACAAACCCAAAUCGGCCACCACUGCACCUACCAACAGAGGCACCUCCAACACUAAGAGCCCUCGGCUCCCAGGCUUGACCGACGGUGAACUCAAACUGUUGCGUGACAACGACGGUUGCUUCAAGUGCCGCAAGUUCUUCAUACCAAAGGAACAGCGCGGCCGUGAUAAGUGCACCAACGACUUCCCUGACGCCGCAAUGUACUGCACCCUCACCCAAGCAGACGUCGACGCUGCUAAGCACAACAAGGAGAAUACUCGCCCCCGCACCGCUGUCGCCGCUGUCACCAAAAUCCCGGAUGACACUGUUUACAGCGUUGGUGCAGUCAACCUCGAAUCCGAGCCGCUCGCAGCCACCACCGAGAUCCUCGGCACUGGCUCUGCCAGCGAGAGUGAGUACGUACCGUCCCCUCUCACGCCCUUCACAGUCCAGCACAUCCCUUGGUCCAGCAUCAUUCAUGGCACCUCUUCUGACUCUGUGCUAUUACCGAUGCUGAUUGACUCAGGAUCACCUGCAGUUCUGAUUGGAUCAGAACUCGUUACCCGCCUCGGCUUGCAUCAUCGCAAGCUCCCUCAAGCCUUCCCUCUAGGAGAUGUCUGGGGGACUGAGUCGAAGGAUUCUCUCGAAUGGGUGAAGCUCCAUGUCUCCACGGAAGAUGCUUCUUGGACCUCCCGCACAUGUCGCGCCAUCGUUGUAUUGAAUUGUUGUUAUCCUGUAAUUGUCGGUCGUCCGUUUCUCAAAUCCAAUCGCCUCAUUGUCGAUCACGAACUUGACACCGUUGUUGAUAAAUCCUUUGGUCGUGAUAUCUGUAAACCUGCGCCACCACCACAUCUCCCCAUCCAGCGGCAACUGGACACUCGCGAGACAAUCCCGGUGGCGACCAGGCCCGAUACAACAGCUCUUCUCAGAGAACUCGAGCAAUGCACUCAACAACAUCUAAUCAACUGCGAAGUGACCUCGACUGAUGCCAUCGCCACUGUGCAAGCCAUUCGACAACGCGCAGAGGACCUUGCAUACCAGGGCAGCUUAAAGUCGCACAACACUGCGAUGAAACAUGAGUUCCAUGACCUAUUCCCCGAUGACAUCCCUCACCUCAAUGACCUUCCUACCAACAUCUACCACCGCUUCACCCUCAAAGACCCAAACAUGGUCAUACAACAUCGCCAGUACACGUGCCCAAAGAAGUAUCGCGAAGCCUGGAAGCACCUGCUUGACGGACAUCUCUCCGCAGGCUGUAUGCGACCUUCGGACAGCCCGUAUGCUUCGCCUGCAUUUCUCAUUCCAAACGCUGACCCGACAGCUCUACCUCGAUGGGUGAAUGACUAUUGCGCGCUCAAUGCCAACACCGUACCUGACAUGCACCCUCUCCCCCUCAUCAGCGACAUUCUCACUGACUGUGCUAAAGGCAAGAUCUGGGGUAAGAUCGACAUGACAAACUCGUUCUUUCAGACUCGCGUCCACCCCGACGAUGUCAAAUUCACUGCCGUCACCACCCCCUUUGGCCUCUACGAAUGGCUCGUUAUGCCGCAGGGUUGUUGCAAUGCACCUUCUACCCAUAAGCACCAGAUGUUUGCUGCACUCCGCCCAUUGAUAGGUAAGAUCUGCCACGUCUAUCUCGAUGACAUUGUCAUUUGGUCACAGAGCCUGGAGGAACAUAUCCUUAAUGUGCGCACCAUUCUCCAGGCCCUGCACAAAAACCAUUUGUACUGUUCAGAUAAGAAGACUUCCCUCUUCCUAACUGAACUGUCCUUUCUUGGGCAUUGCAUCUCCUCUAAAGGGAUUGAGGCUGACCUGCAGAAAGUCGAGAAGAUCUUGAAUUGGUCAGUACCAUGCAAUGCUUCCCAAGUCUGUGCCUUCCUUGGUCUCGUACGAUACAUCGCACCCUUCCUCCCCAAGCUCGCUGACCUCACGCUCGUACUCAACCCCCUUACGACCAAGGAAGCUGAACUCAACUUCCCCACCUGGGAUACGAAGCAUCAAACCACCUUUGAUAACAUCAAAUCUCUCGUCUGUAGCCGCGAGGUUCUGACUGUUAUUGACCAUGACAACAUGGGCGACAAUCAUAUCUUUGUCUCCUGUUGUUAG